AGGUUAAAGCACGGCUGACACCUUUAUUCUCAUAAGAUUAAAGAAUGUGGUGGGUCACAAAAAUAACCGUUUGACACUCUAUUCGCAUGAGAUUAAACUCUAUUCGCAUGAGAUUAAACGUGGUCGGUCAUAAAGAUAACGGUUAUCCUCUAAAACCAUUUGUAAUAAAAAAACACACAAGUUCCAACUUCCAAUUACCCUUCCUCCACUUCACUCAUUCUUUGUUUAUUGUGGUAUAAAUAUUAUCAUAGCAUAUCAGUUUUGCUCUUAUCCAAUUUUGCAUACCACAAUUUCUUUGCAUACUACAAUCUCCUGCAAUCUAGAACAACAUGGCCCACCAGGAGUACUCAGGAAUAAUAUCUGAUGAAGUUAGAGAUGAAAUAAGAUUAUACGAAUGUGCAAGGAAGUAUGAAACCAUAGUCAAACAGUUUGAUGAACUGAUGGGGAUAAUGAACAACGAUACUACUGUUCCGAUCCCAAAGACAAAGUGGCGCAAGGCACAAACUUGUCCGGCUUUGAGAAGACGAAUACUUAGGUAUUAUAGCCUACGAGUGUGGAGUUGAAGAUAUGAAUGCUUGGAGUUGAAGUCUUUACGAAAUAUAUUCAGCUAUGUAAGAACAUUUAUGGCAGAAACAAUUUCAUUGCUUCAUUCGGUUUUCCCAAUGCAACUUCAGUCCCAAAUGUAAAUUUAUAUUAAGAUUUUAUAGUUUGGAAUGUAAAUUUAUAUCACGGAUUAUAUAAUUUUUUUUC